AUGAAUGGAUCUUUUACACAGGAGUAUUAUGGAAAGACACUUAAGCAGAUGUCUGAUCUGAAAAGCAAUGUGGUUCCAUCUGCCAAACCUGUUCCUGCAUACGUGAGAAAAGUGCUGGCUGAGGUCCAUCCAGAUUACACAGCAAAGUACUAUGGCUGUGGUCUAGUGGUCCCUGAGUGUCUAGAGGGCUGCAGGGUGCUGGACCUUGGCUGUGGGAGUGGACGGGACUGCUACAUGCUCAGCCAGCUAGUAGGAGAAAAGGGGCACAUUACAGGGAUUGACAUGACUGAAGAUCAGCUUGAGGUGGCCCGGAAGUACAUCGACUACCACAUGCAAAGAUUUGGUUAUAAAAAGCCAAAUGUGAAUUUUGUUCAAGGUUACAUUGAGGCCUUGGCAGAAGCAGGUCUGAAGGAGAAAUCAUAUGAUAUCAUAAUAUCAAAUUGUGUGGUGAACCUGUCACCAGAUAAAACCAGUGUCCUAAGGGAGGCUUUCCGUGUACUGAAGGAUGGAGGAGAAUUGUACUUCAGUGUUGUUUAUAGUGAUGCUAGAAUCUCAGAAGACCUCAAAGCCAACAAAGUGUUAUGGGGUGAGUGCCUCAGUGGAGCAUUAUGGUGGGAAGAACUGAUACGACUAGCUGAAGAAGUUGGGUUCAGCAAAUCCUGCCUGGUAACUGCCAGUAUCAUCACUGUGGACAACAAGGAACUAGAGAAUUGUUUAGGUGAAUACAAAUUUGUGUCUGCCACAUACCGACUCUUCAAGUUACCAAAACGUUCAGAGAAGCGGCCCUGUCUGGCCAUAUACAAUGGAAACAUCACAGGAAUGGAGGAAAACUAUGAGUUUGAUGCCCAGUAUACCUUUAAGGUAAAUGAAGUGAUGGAAAUAGAUGAUGAUGUGGCCAGCAUCUUGAGCAACUCCAGAUUUUCGGAGGAGUUCACAUCUCAGCCUCGGGGUGAAUAUCUCUGCCUCUGGAGGCUGCUGUGUCAAAUCCAAGGCAGUGUCAAUUAAUAAUCCCUUUGAACUGGUCAAACAGUUGGGGGGUGCUGUCCAGG